UGCGUUCCCAUUCCAUUCCACAAACUUCCUUUUGCGAAAGAAUAUUUCUUCUCGUCUCCUCCUUUUUCCUCCCCACGGUUCUUCAAUCUCCGUCUUCCUUCACGGAUAAACUCUGCUGAUUUUCUGCGAGAUCAUGGAGAUGGAGCGCAUGAUCGAGUUUCCUCAUACCCAUCUUGAUCGGAGGCCCCGAAAGCGGGCUCGUUUGGGCUGGGACGUUGUCCCCGAGGCCCCAAAGGCUCAGGUAGGAAUUUGUUGUGGACAAGAGAUUGCGAAUAUGCCAAGCUUUGCAUCUUCAAGAGCACCAUCAGAUCAUUCUUCUAAUCCCCUAUUUGUUAAGGGAGUGGCUCGUAAUGGUUCUCCCCCCUGGCGAGAAGAUGACAAAGAUGGACAUUACAUGUUUGCGCUUGGAGAAAAUUUAACUUCUCGCUACAGAAUACACAGCAAAAUGGGCGAGGGUACUUUUGGACAGGUUUUGGAGUGCUGGGAUAGAGAAAGAAAAGAAAUGGUUGCAAUAAAAAUUGUGCGUGGAAUUAGGAAAUAUCGUGAUGCAGCUAUGAUUGAAAUUGAAGUUUUGCAACAGCUUGGAAAGCAUGAUAAAGGUGGCAAUCGUUGUGUUCAAAUACGGAACUGGUUUGACUAUCGUAACCAUAUCUGUAUUGUGUUUGAGAAGCUUGGGCCAAGCUUAUACGAUUUUCUACGGAAAAACAAUUAUCGCUCCUUUCCCAUUGACCUAGUUCGUGACAUUGGCAGACAACUGUUGGAAUGUGUAGCAUUCAUGCAUGACCUACGGAUGAUUCAUACUGACUUGAAGCCGGAGAACAUACUACUGGUAUCGGUAGAUUAUGUGAAAGUACACGACUAUAAGCAGAAUUUGUCUCGAUCACCGAGGGAUAGUACUAACUUUAAAAGAGUGCCCAAGUCAAGUGCUAUCAAGGUUAUUGAUUUUGGUAGCACCACUUAUGAUCGUCAAGAUCAGAAUUACAUUGUGUCAACACGCCAUUAUCGAGCACCAGAGGUUAUUCUUGGUCUUGGAUGGAGUUUUCCUUGUGAUAUUUGGAGUGUUGGGUGUAUUCUGGUCGAACUAUGCUCGGGUGAAGCACUGUUUCAAACUCACGAGAACUUGGAGCACCUAGCAAUGAUGGAGAGAGUGCUUGGUCCAUUGCCACAGGAGAUGCUGAAGAAAGUAGAUCGACAUGCAGAAAAAUAUGUUAGAAGAGGUAGAUUAGACUGGCCAGAAGGUGCAACUUCGAGGGAUAGUAUCAAGGCUGUUCAAAAGCUGCCUCGUUUACCGAACUUGAUAAUGCAGCAUGUGGACCAUUCGGCUGGGGAAUUGAUUCAACUUGUGCAAGGGUUGCUUCGAUACAAUCCCGUGGACAGACUUACGGCGCGCCAAGCCCUAAAGCACCCUUUCUUUACAAGGGAUCCCUUAAGGAGAUAGCUGCGAUUCCUUAACUGACUUUGCUUCAACUUGUCCCAUCAACUUCCUGCAACAACUGUGUAUAGCUGUGCGUGAAUCUGUGGAUCGACGAGAGGAGUAUCUGCUGCGAUGAUGUAAAUAUGUGAUAUGUGCUCCAAGCAGAGUUUUGCAAUGUUGCGAAAUUUGAAAAUGAUUCCCUAAUGUUUAAAUUGUCCAGAGAGAGACAUGCUAACUUUACCUUUUUAGUGAUGGUUAUACUUGCAAAUGUUUCAACUUAAUUUAUGCUAUUUAUACUUAUAUAUCUCAAAAAAAAAAAAAAAUCUAAAAUGAGAUGUACUGUGAUAAUUUGAAAGUAGUGGUUAUGUUUUUUUUGUUAGUCUAUUCAUUGUGGGGUGGCUGUUCAAUAGGUUGUUAGAAUAGGGAAAUUGUUAGUGGCAUAAAUCAAAGUUAAAUUUUGUACCUUAAA